CUCAGCACAUCACAUCUGCUGUAGAUCAUUCAGAAGCACAUGAUGUGCAUUUAACAACCUGCCUUUACUUUUCAACAGCGUCCACGAGGAGGAAAACACGAUGCAGCCCAUCUAAACAUAUUUUUUUUCUCUCUCGUUUAUUUUUGUCUUGAUGGACCCGAGACUGAGAAAUCAAAGGAUGUGGGAUUUCUGAAGUUUUGCACAAGGUGCCACUGAAGAAAAACUAGCGCGCGGCGUAACUACUGGAGAAGCAUUGCAAGAACGCAACAUUGUAAAUAAUGUCAGCAUAAAGAACAAUUAAAGCAUCAAAGGUGACAAAAGUAUUCUUGAUUAUUUCAUUUAAGCUGCUCAUAUUUUUGCAUUCACUUCGGAUCAUUUUGCGCACAAUUACGCAUUUUUUUUGGCGUCUCCAUUUAGCGGAUAUAUUCCAGAAUCAAGAUCUUUCUGUGUGUGGAUUUUAAAGGAAUUAAAAGACCUUCGUGACGGCGCAUGGACGAGCACAGCCAUCUGAUGCACACCUUGGGCGCCGUGACGCUCACCGGACACUCGGUGGCAUUACCGGUCUCUCACGGUCACGAGACAGACGGAGACGCGAGAAACAAACAGGACAUCGGGGACAUUCUGCAUCAAAUCAUGACCAUCACCGACCAAAGCCUGGACGAGGCUCAAGCAAAAAAGCAUGGGCUGAACUGUCACAGAAUGAAGCCGGCUCUAUUCAGCGUGCUAUGUGAAAUCAAAGAGAAAACAGGUCUCAGUAUCCGUGGCAGCCAGGACAAUGACCCCACUGACCCUCAGCUCAUGCGGCUGGAUAACAUGCUGCUGGCGGAGGGCGUGUCCGGACCAGAGAAAGGGGGUGGGGCAGCAGCAGUUGCCGCGGCAACAGCAGCAGUGGGUGUCGGAAUUGAUAACUCCAUCGGGCACUCGGACUACAGAGCCAAACUCACCCAGAUCAGACAGAUCUACCACACAGAAAUGGAGAAAUACGAGCAGGCAUGCAACGAGUUUACCACCCAUGUGAUGAACCUGUUGAGGGAGCAGUCGCGCACACGGCCCAUCUCGCCCAAAGAGAUCGAGCGCAUGGUGAACAUCAUCCAUCGCAAGUUCAGCUCCAUCCAGAUGCAGCUCAAGCAGAGCACCUGUGAAGCCGUCAUGAUCCUCAGGUCUCGCUUCCUCGACGCCAGGAGGAAACGGCGUAACUUCAACAAGCAGGCGACAGAGAUUUUAAAUGAGUAUUUCUACUCUAACCUCAGUAACCCGUAUCCCAGCGAGGAGGCAAAAGAGGAGCUGGCCAAGAAGUGUGCCAUUACAGUAUCACAGGUGUCUAACUGGUUUGGUAAUAAACGAAUUCGCUAUAAGAAGAACAUCGGUAAAUUCCAGGAAGAGGCAAAUCUAUAUGCCGCUAAGACAGCUGUAACGGCCACUCAAGCUGUGGCCGCCGCCAUACAAAACAGCCAGAACAACUCACCUGCCACACCCAGCUCCGGUUUUCAGAUGAAAGAUGAAGAUUUUCAAUUAGACGCAACAGAAGACAAAAACAAUCUGUUAAACAACAUGUUCACUGGUUCCUCGGGUUCAUAUAGUUUGUCAGGUUCUGGUGAUAUGUUCAUGAGUUUGCCUAGUCUGAAUGGAAGCUCAUACCAGCCGGCUCAGAUCCCUAGUACAGGACAGACACAGGGCGACUCCAUACGUCACACCAUAAGCCAGUCGUUGGGUUACAGCGAUGGUUUACGAGGCAACCCGCUUUACAGCCCUCAUGGCUUAAAUGGUAACAGUGGCUGGCAUGACGCAGUCACUCCAUCUUCUGUGACAUCUCCUAUAGAGGGAGCAAACAGUGUUCACUCAGAUACCUCCAACUGACCAGACCUGCUGUCUGAAGUCACUUAAUUCCCAACAAAAACAUUCCAAAGGAAAACUAACAUCACCCAAUGUAAUCUAUAGCCAGAAUCCAGACAGAAGAGCAUGAUACUGGGAUAUAGACUGAAAGCUGCUUCAGUUCAACACACAGUAAAGGAUCACAGUUAUACAA